CUGUGCUGUGGUGAAUGUGCGUUCAAGGGCUGGUGUGUAUUGUCUCCAUUCUCUGGGAAAAGUAUGAAAAGUUGUGUGUUGAGUGUGUCCCGCAGUGUGUGUGUGUCUGCGGAGAUAGGAGUUUGUGUUGUGUGUUGUUAAUGGGGCUCUCAUUGUGAGGAUGAGUGACUCGUUGGAGAGGACCACCGACACCCCUCUGCCUGCGCCCUCAGAGAAAACCCCCAGAGAGGGCUCUGACCCUGGGGAAGAGGGUGAAGGGGGUGAUGGAAGUGGGAUGCGUUGGGAGGAUGGAGGCCUGUCUGUGGAGCUCCAGAGGGGGAUGGAGACGCUUCGUGUGAGUGGAGAGCUGACCGACGUGACUCUGCGAGUUCAGGAACAGGACUUCCCCUGCCACAGAGCUGUGCUCGCCGCCGCCAGCCACUACUAUAGGGCGAUGUUCUGCAGUGGUCUGAGAGAGAGUCAUGAGAAGCAGGUGGAGAUAAAAGGGGUGGACAGUGAGACCAUGAAGACUCUACUGGACUACACCUAUACCAGCCGAGCCACUAUCACACACACCAACGUCCAGAGAACACUGGAGGCCGCCAGCCUGUUCCAGUUUCCUCGUGUAGUGGAGGCCUGUGCAGGGUUCCUGGCUGACUCUCUCCAACCAGAGAGCUGUGUAGGUGUGCUGCGUCUGGCUGAGGCCCACUCAUUGCCUGCACUGAGAGACAGGGUCCAGGACUACCUGGUUUCAGAGUUCUCCAGAGUGGUUCAGCAUGAGGAGUACCUGGAGCUGCCAGCGGGGGCGCUGCAGAACGCUCUGAAGAGAGACGACCUGGGAGUGACACGGGAGGAGAGUGUGUUUGAGGCUCUGAUGCACUGGGUGCGAGCGAAGGAGGAGGAGCGAUGCCUCCUACUAGCUGGUCUUCUGUCACACGUGCGGCUGCCACUGCUGGAGCCGGCUUACUUCCUGGAAACGGUGGAGGCCGACCAGCUGAUUCGCCGCUGUGACGAGGCCUUCACCCUGCUGCAGGAGGCCCGCACCUACCACCUGUCAGGCAACGAGGUGGUCACGGAGCGUACCAAGCCCCGUUUACAGCACUACCUAUCUGAGGUGUUCAUGAUCAUCGGUGGCUGCACCAAAGAGGAGCGCUUCGUUGCCACGGUGACCUGCCUUGACCCUCUGCGCCGCAGCCGGCUGGAAGUCGCCAAGCUGCCAAUCACAGAGAUGGAGGAGGAGUCCCACAACAGGAAGUGGGUGGAGUUUGCUUGUGUCACCUUCCGGAAUGAGGUGUUCAUAUCCGGAGGAAAAGAGACACAGCACGAGGCGUGGAAGUACAACGGUGCACUGGACAGGUGGAUCCCCAUUGAGCCCCUGGUGACUGGGCGCUGGAGACACAAGAUGGCGGUUCACGGGGGGAAGGUGUAUGCCCUGGGGGGGUUCGAUGGGACUCAGAGACUCACCAGCGUGGAAGCCUAUGACACAUUUCACAACCGCUGGACACAGGCCCCGCCCCUCCUGUUGGGCGUCAGCUCAUUCGCUGCGGCAAGCUUCAAUAAGUGGAUCUUUGCGAUCGGGGGAGGGCCCAACGGGAAGCUGGCCACUGAUAAGCUGCAGUGCUGGGAGCCAGGGACUGAGAGCUGGGGCCUGCGGUCGCCCAUGCCCAUCGAGGCCAAAUGUACUAACGCUGUCACCUUCAGGGAACGCAUCUAUGUAGUUGGCGGUGCUAUGCAUGCUCUGUACUGCUACUCCCCCCAGUCAGACAGCUGGUCUAUGGUGACCCGGCUGGGCGAGAGGGCGAGCUGCGCCCUCGCAGCCUGUAACAACAAACUAUUCAUCACUGGUGGCCGUGACGACAAGAACCAGGUUAUCUCCACGGUGAUGUGCUGGGACCCAGUCACAACCACAAUGACAGAGGAAUGUGUGUUACCGCUUGGUGUCUCUCACCACGGAAGCGUCACACUCCACAAGUCCUACACGCACAUACACAGGAUAGCACCUGCGACCGCGUCGGUGUGACAAAGAGCUGGGACUAUGUGUGUGAGAAUGAAUGUGUGGAGAAAAACAUAGGUGGAUGAGGAGCAUGGACUGUGUGUGUGAGAAUGAAUGUGUGGAGAAAAACAUAGGUGGAUGAGGAGCAUGGACUGUGUGUGUGAGAAUGAAUGAGUGGAGAAAAACAUAGGUGGAUGAGGAGCAUGGACUGUGUGUGUGUGUGUGUGUCAGCUUUUUUACUUAUUGUAAGUUGUCUGUGAAAUAACUAAAUGUAAUGCUGAGUUUAGUCUCAUAAAAUUUUUUGAAAGUGUAAUGUCACAUUCAAACCGGUACCACUAAAUACAUCUAAAAAUGA